AUGGAAAUUAAUAGGAUAUUAGGUGGAAUUUAUUUAAGUUCUUAUCAACCUUUAGCGAUUGGUAUGGACUUGAAAAAAAAUCAUAAUAUCACCAGCAUUUUGUCUAUAAUAUCUGGUGAAAUCCCAGUUUAUUAUAAGAAAAAUUAUAGAUUUAAACAGUUUCAAAUUAACGAUGAUUCAUCGACAAAUAUCUUAAAAAUAAUCCCAAUUUCAAAUCAGUUUAUUGAUUCUGUUUUAUUCAAUUCCAUCUCUUCCUUUUCUUUUUCUUCUAAUAAUAACAAUAAUAACAAUAAUAAUAACGACCUAAAGCAUGAAAACAACUUAUUAAUCCACUGCUCAGCUGGUUUAUCAAGAAGUGUUGCAAUCUUAAUAGCUUAUCUCAUGUGGAAAUAUAAGUUCUCCUAUAAAAUUGCCUUAUAUUCAAUACAAAGAAAAAGACCUUCGGCUCAACCAAAUCAAUCUUUUGAAUUUCAAUUAAAAUUAUACGAAAAAAUUUUAAAAUCUCAUAAUCAUAAUCAAAAUUACAAUAUUUUGCAAAACGACUUAUACCUCGAUUGGCUUUUUAAUUUCAACUUAAAUUUAAACUUGAACAAAUCCAACUUUUUAAACUCAAAUAAUCAAAAUUCAAAUAAUCAAGAUUUAAAUAAUCAAAAUAACAUUGAUUCUAACAAAACACUUUCUAUCUACUUACGUUGUAAAAACUGUCGUCAUGUUUUAAAUCAAGAAAAGAAAUCUUUCACUUUAUCAAAUAAUAAAUUGGUUUUCAAAUCCCCUUUAAACUGGAUGAAAGAUCAACUACAGAUCGAAAAUAGCCAGCUGUUAACUUCAAACAUGAGAAGGUUUUGCUGCCCAAAUACAAAGUGCAGAAAAAAAAUCGGUGGCUUCCAUUUAGCUCAAAACCAAGAAAACCUCUUUUAUUUGAUUCCCUCAAAAGUCGAUCAAUUUAAUUUAAUAUGAUAUAUUAUAAAACAAAGAUUCAUGCCUUGGAACGAUUUCUUUCAAUAAUUAAAAAAAAUAAUAAAAAGAAAAGAAAAAUGAUUGUAUAAAAAUAAAGACAGAUAAUAUAAUAAGUUGUGUGAAAAC